AUGAAACAUAUAUACGCAGAUAUUAAAAAUGUUUUGCAUGUUGAUGUUACAUAUGGGAAGGCAUGGCGUGGUAGACGAAGAGCCAUUGAUAAGAUUUAUGGAACUUGGGAGAGUAACUUCGCUGAGUUCCCUAAGUACAUUGCAGCUUUACAGGCUUCCAAUCCUAGUACAAUUGUUAAAUGGUUGCAUAAUGCAAAUGGUUCAUCAAAUGUAGCAACAUUUAAAUAUGUUUUUUGGGUUUUGGGACAUGCUAUUCAUGCAUUUCAUCUAUGUCAACCUGUUAUUUCAAUUGAUGGUUUCCAUUUGAAGGGUUCAUACAAGGGAAAAAUGAUUGUUGUUGUUACAAAAGAUGCCAACAAUAGUAUAUUACAGAUUGCUUAUGCUAUUGUUGAUGAGGGCACUUCACACAACUAG